UACCAUUUUAGGAUGUGCAUUUACCACGACCGUUCCAAAGUGCUGUAGUUAAUGAAACGAAGAUAGAUGGUGAUAAACUUCUCAGUGGCACAAGGCAAUGGAAGGCUGACACACCAGGAUUCCCUGACAAUGACCACAUUAUUGUGUUCACAGCGAACGAUCUGUUCAUUGUGGCGAAAACCGGACAAACGAGAAACCUGCUUGGAUAUGCAUAUGUAGGAACAAUAUGUGAAACACCAAAUUACAGUGUGUCAGCUGUGGAAUACACUGACAACCUGGUUGACGACAUGCUCGUCACAACACACGAAGUCGGACAUCCGCUCAGCGCCUGGCAUGACGGGAAUACAACAACGCGUGUAACUCUACAUACGAGUACAUCAUGACCGGCAGCGGGUACAGCAGGACCCAUGUUCUUGACCACAACAACUACUACGUCUUUUCUACAUGCUCGUCACGCUACUUUCAAACCUUCAUCCAAGGAAUCCUAACAAACGGUUCAAAUGCCCAACAGCAAUGCCUACAGACGAGUCUCGAGCCGGCUUCUGUGACAAACAUCACGGGGACGAUGCCGGGGCAGCUCUACGACGCUCACACGCAGUGUCAAAUGAUGUUUGGGCCAGGCUUCGUCUUGCGAUCAGAUUUCAACAUAAGUAAUUCAGAAAACAUAUGCAAGAGAAUGGUCUGUGGCAAGGAACAGCUUAAAUCGUCCCGAAACGCUGCAGACGGAACGCCAUGUGGCGAUAAAAAGUGGUGUGUUGCUGGACACUGUGUGUUUUCCAUAGAUGCACCAGAACAAAACAAUACUGACUGUCUCUUUGGGAACCAGCCAAUCGUUUACCCGGCCAAUAGAACAUGUGCUGAGCUGAUAAGUGCAACACCACGUUUGUGCUACAAUCCUGGUUAUUUGACGGCCUGCUGUGAGACCUGUCCUAUCUACAAGAGAAAUGACGAAAACUGCCCAUAUGGAGAUCGAUAUAGAAACUGUGACACAAUUACUCAGGACAAGAAAGAUCUAUGCUACAACGAAGCAAAUGCCAGGGGUUGUUGUGAAACAUGUUCAGUUUACAAGUCGGCAGUAGCAAAUUGCACAUAUGGUGAUCGUUACUCUAACUGUGACACUGGUAUUACUCAGGAACGGAAAAGUCUUUGUUACAAUGAAAACAAUGCCUAUGGCUGUUGUGAGACUUGCUCAGCCUACUCAUCAGGAGGUGACUGUCCAUAUGGCGAUAACACGUUUACUGGCCCAUGUGCCUAUAGCAACUGUAUCACUUCCGGUCCCGACUACAUUGGAAGGUGUUGUGACACUUGUCGCAAUUUUACGUCACAAUCUUCCACAACUACAACAGCUACUACUGUACCCACAACUACAACAACAACAACAACUACUACUGUACCAACAACUACCACAACUUCACUAACAUCUACCACAAAUGCACCAAUAACUACCACAACUACUCAAACAACUACCACAAUUACACCAAUUACUAUCACAACAACUAACACUACACUAACAUCUACCACAACGGCACCAAGAACUACUGGACCUACAACAACGUCCACAAGUACGCCAUCAACUACCACAACUACAUCAACAACUACUACAAUUACCACAACGACUGCCACAGCUACACAAACAACUGUCACAACUACUACUGUACCAACAAAUACCACGAUUACACCUACAACUACCACAACUGCACCAAUAACUACCGCUUUACCAACUACCACAAUUACACCAACUACCACUACUACACUAACAUCUACCACAAUUACACCAACAACUUACACAACUGCACCAACAACUACACCAACUGCACCAACAGCUACAACAUCAACUACCACGACUGCCCCAACAACCUCAACUACUACACCAACAACUACCACAACGGCACCAACAACUACUAGACCUACAACAACUUCCACUAGUACGCCAUCAACUACCACAACUUCAUCAACAACUACUACAAUGACUGCCACAGCUACACCAACAACUACUAUAACUUCACUAACAUCUCCCACAACUGGACCAAUAACUACAACUUUACCAACUACCACUACUACACUAAUAACUACCACAAUUACACCAACAACUACCACAACUACACAAACAACUACCACAUCUACACCAAAACCUAUCACAACUACACUAACAUCUACCACAACUGCACCAAUAACUACCACAACUACACCAACAACUACCACAACUGCACAAAUAACUACCACUUUACCAACUGCCACUACUACACCAAUAACUACCACAAUUACACCAACAACUACCACAACUGCAACAACAACUACACCAACAACUACCCCUACUCCCCCAACAACUACCACUACUCCCGCAACAGCUACCACAACUACACAAACAACUACCACUUUACCAACUACCACUACUACCCCAAAAACUACCACAAUUACACCAACAACUACCACAACUGCAACAACAACUACACCAACAACUACCACUACUCCCCCAACAACUACCACAACUACACAAACAACUACCACAUCUACGCCAAAAACUAUCACAACUACACUAACAACUACCACAACUGCAACAACAACUACACAAACAACUACCACAUCUACGCCAACAACUAUCACAACUACACUAACAUCUACCACAACUGAACCAAUAACUACCACAACUACACCAACAACUACCACAUCUACGCCAAAAACUAUCACAACUACACUAACAUCUACCACAACUGCAACAAUAACUACCACAACUACACCAACAACUACCACAAUUACACCAAUUACUAUCACAACAACUAACACUACUCUAACAUCUACCACAACGGCACCAACAACUACAACUUUACCAACUACCACUACUACACUAAUAACUACCACAAUUACACCAACAACUACCACAACUACACAAACAACUACCACAUCUACACCAACACCUAUCACAACUACACUAACAUCUACCACAACUGAACCAAUAACUACCACAACUACACCAACAACUACCACAACUACACCAACAACUACCACAACUGCACAAAUAACUACCACUUUACCAACUACCACUACUACACCAAUAACUACCACAAUUACACCAACAACUACCACAACUGCAACAACAACUACACCAACAACUACCACCUCUCCCCCAACAACUACCACUACUCCCGCAACAACUACCACAACUACACAAACAACUACCACUUUACCAACUACCACUACUACCCCAAAAACUACCACAAUUACACCAACAACUACAACAACUGCAACAACAACUACACCAACAACUACCACUACUCCCGCAACAACUACCACAACUACACCCACUACUACCCCAAAAACUACCACAAUUACACCAACAACUACCACAACUGCAACAACAACUACACCAACAACUACCACUACUCCCGCAACAACUACCACAACUACACAAACAACUACCACAUCUACACCAACAACUAUCACAACCACACUAACAUCUACCACAACUGCACCAAUAACUACCACAACUACACCAACAACUACCACAAUUACACCAAUUACUAUCACAACAACUAACACUACUCUAACAUCUACCACAACGGCACCAACAACUACAACUUUACCAACUACCACUACUACACUAAUAACUACCACAAUUACACCAACAACUACCACAAUUACACCAAUUACUAUCACAACAACUAACACUACUCUAACAUCUACCACAACGGCACCAAGAACUACUGGACCUACAACGUCCACUAGUACGCAAUCAACUACCACAACUCCAUCAACAACUACUACAACUACCACAACGACUGCCACAGCUACACAAACAACUGUCACAACUACAACUGUACCAACAACUACCACUACUCCCCCAACAACUACCACAACUGGACCAAUAACUACCACUUUACCAACUACCACUACUACACCAAUAACUACCACAAUUACACCAACAACUACCACAACUGCAACAACCACUACACCAACAACUACCACAAAUACACAAACUACCACUUUACCAACUACCACUACUACCUCAAUAACUACCACAAUUACACCAACAACUACCACAACUGCACCAACAGCUACACCAUCAACAACAACUACUCCCCCAACAACCUCAGCUACUACACCAACAACUACAACAACUAUACCAGCUUCUACUACAACUUCACCAACUACCACAACUACACCAAUAACUACUAGACCUACAACAACUUCCACUAGUUCACCAACAACUACCACAACUACACCAACGACUUCUACAAAUACGCAAUUAACUACAACUACGCCAACUACAACGCCAACUACCACAACUACAUCAACAAUUCCUACAACUGCCAGCUCAACACAAAGUUCUUCACCUCCAUCAAAACAAGCUAACAGGACAAGAGUAGUGUCCAGCACAGCUACAGUCAUAGCAGCACCUACAUCCACAACUUUAGGCUCAUCUCCUCCUACCAUGACAGUUAAUGCUCUCAGUGAGCAAAAAAUAAUCAUAGGGGCGAUCUCCGCUCUCGGUCUCGGGAUAAUUGUCAUCCUCAUUGCUCUCAUCGUCUUUGUCAAAAGAGGCAUUUGCAGAAUGGGGACAAAACGAAAACCUCCGCCAACACGAACCGGAGACUUGGAUUACAUGGCUCCGCCUCUAGGAGUGUCUUCAAGGGGGUUCUCCUCAUACUCAACACGUUUUAAUGUUGGUCGAUUAGCCUAGGCAAUAAUACCAAGUACAGUUCAUUCCACUCAUGCCCAAUCAUAGUUUUAAGCAACGACAUUGACUAGACUUUUGAAACUGGUCUCCAGACUUACCCACCUUCAAAUAUUGAAAUAAAAAGUAGUCGGGUCCUAUUUGUUCGCCUGACAUUUAUUGUAAAUUUCUAGAACAUGAUGUGCGAUAUUACCAAUCAUAUGUAUUUUUCACCACUGUUCCUCCCAUAUCAAUUAGUCUGUUGAUCUGAUUAGAUGUUGGUUUAUUUAUUUAAAAGUGUAUGUUAUUUAGUCAAAAUGACAUGAAAUAUUUGACCAUUUUCAUUCAUAAUCGUUACAGCUCACAUAUUACCGCAGGCCAAUCAGCGUGUCAUACUUACAUAUACCUUUUUACAUUCCUGGUAUCAUCAUUGAUUUUCAGAGAUCCAUUCAUAGACUAAUUAUUCUCUUGCAUUGACGUUCUAUAUUGACAAUAUAUGGUCAGAUAUAUUUCUCGUUGACCUCUUUACUGUUCAUAUCACACAGUUCACAAACCGAUUUACUACAACAUAUAAACGAAACCAGUUUCUAUGAGUCAGAGUGUUAGGUGUAUAUCGCUUUUGUAACGUUGUUGAUGUACUUUCUUCAUGACUUACAAAAUUUGAGAACUUUAUGGCAUGUACUCAAUGAUGAAGGGAGGUUUGCAAGUUUAAAUAAACAUCUGUAUAUUUUAUUUACCUUUCCAUUAAUUUUUUGUACUAUUGUGUAAAUAAACUUAAAAUGCGA